AUGCAGGAUCCGACCGACGGGCGUAUGAAGCCGAACCCAGAACUCCUCAAAGAUCACCUCUUCAAUGAAGGCCGCCUCACAGAAGAGCAGACAGUUUUCAUCUUAGAGGCUGUCACGGAACUCAUGAGCCGCGAGCCUAACAUGCUCAACCUAACCGGACCUAUCACUGUGUGUGGAGACAUCCACGGUCAGUUUUAUGAUCUCAUGAAGGCCUUUGAGAUUGGUGGCAAGUUUACGGAGACAAACUACCUUUUUCUCGGCGACUAUGUUGAUCGAGGAUCCUUUGGUAUUGAAUGCCUUCUCUACCUCUAUACCCUCAAACUCUGGUAUCCAAGCGCGCUCGCCCUCCUCCGGGGAAACCACGAAUGUAGACAUCUAACAGGAUUCUUUACCUUUCGUCGCGAAAGCUUGCACAAAUACUCGGAGCGGAUUUAUGAAGCAUGCGUGCGCUCUUUUGACGCGCUCCCGCUCGCAGCGCUCAUCGACGGCAAGUUCUUCGCCGUCCACGGCGGCAUCUCUCCACACCUCGACAAGAUCUCCGACCUUAAUCAAAUAGACCGCUUCAUGGAGCCGCCAAGCUCCGGUUUGCUAUGUGAUUUGCUAUGGGCAGAUCCAUUCCCGGAAUACGGGAACGAGAACCUACCGCCGGUGGCAUACGACCCCACAGAUCCCCGCGCACGGGGCUUCUAUUCGAAUCAAGUGCGCGGGUGCUCGUUCAACUACACAUAUAGCGCGGUCUGCGCGUUUCUGGAGCGCAACGGUCUCCUCGGCAUUUUUCGUGGUCACGAGGUGCAGGAUGCGGGAUAUCUCAUGCAUCGCAAGACCGCAGCGAAGAAGUUCCCGUCGGUGAUUACGGUGUUCAGCGCGCCAAACUACCUGGACGUAUACCACAACAAAGGCGCGGUUAUCAAGUAUAAGAACAAGAACAUCACCAUCAGACAGUUCAAUGCGUCACAGCACCCGUACUGGCUUCCGAACUUCAUGGACGCCUUCACGUGGUCGCUUCCGUUCGUCGGUUCGAAGAUCACAGAGAUGCUGCUCGCGGUCCUCAGCGUGUGCACCCAAGAGGAGCUCAGCGACACAUCAAGCGACUAUACGGGCGAGUACUACGACGCCCAGCAGGACGACGAAGAAGAAGAGGAAGAAAGAGAGCGUCGCAAGCAGGAGAUUCGCAGCAAGAUCCUCGCCGUCGGCAGGAUGCAGCGCGUCUUCCAGCUCCUCCGCGAGGAAGCCGAGAGCGCGACCGAACUCAUCACGACCCCGCCGCCUCCGUUCCCGUCUGACCUGCCAUCUCUCGUGCCCGCGUCGUCCCUCGGCGCGCCGCACCCGCCGCCAUUGUACCCCGCGCCGUCGCCGCCCGAGCAUGAAUCACCCGACGGCGCGGGCCCGCCCGGCGCGUGGCCCGGCGGCUUCGCGGGCAUGCUCCCCGACGCGCUCGGCGUGCAGAUCAACGCCGUCCGCCGGCAGAUCCGCUCGUUCAGCGACGCACGCAGCGCGGACAUCGCGAACGAGCGCCUCCCGCAGUCCUCCCCGGAGGGCGCCCUCGUUGUGCCUUCGCAGAGCAUGCGUCUGCCGCGCCUCGCGGGCGAGGGCGGGGAGGAGGGGGCUCCGGCCGGAAUGGAGGGCCUUAUACGCCGUGCGCUCGAAGAAGAGGGCGUCGACGAUGGGGGCCUUGUGGAGAGGAUUGCGGAGCGGAUCGCGAGAGGGCGUCCAUCGAGGCCAAGGGGGCUCAAAAGGUUCGAGACGUCACCGUGCUGAGUUGUCGAAGCGUGUGACAUACUGGAAAUCACGGACUUGAAUACCUUCCAUGUACGUGAACGAAUGACUGUUGUGCUCUGAGGCUGUGGCUGUUGUAAUCUAGUUGUUUUCUCUGUAGUGUGUCCUGUUUACAUCUAUGCUACACGCCUGUUGUAUGUACUCGCAGCCUUCGCCCAUUAAUAUCACUGAAGUGCGUGUCUAACUCGGCUGAUUACGUCGGACGCGGAGUGGCACAUCAUCUUUUUAACAACAGCCCAGUUACGGAAUACGUUUAACGGUUAUUACGAUCACACAUACUAUGCUCGACGUUCCUCCUGACAGUGGUGCUCCAAUGCGUAUUGUAGACGUACUCACCACUCUGAUUCCGUUGUCACUAUCUUCUUAGGGUGGCUGCUAGUCUUCGUGGACUCCCUCUUCCUCGUCUAAGUACGAGAGAGCGUCGGAAUGACGGUCCCCUUCCCCUUUCCCAUCCUCGUUACCCUCGUUCUCACCCUUAUUGUCGUCCCCAUUGUUAUUUGCGUUGUCGCCCUCAUCACCACCCUCGCCCUCGUCGUCCUCGUCGCUCUCGCUAUCAGUAUCGUCAGGUUCGCAGAUCCUGCCCGGGGAGUGUCAGCACAGAGAAGACAGAGGUGAGC